AACAUGCAGAACGUGGAUAUUGCAUCCCUUCAAUUUUCGACAUGAACCCAAAUUCCAGAAUCGCAGCAUUUGAUUCUUUUCGAUUGCUUCUCAUUCUUCUUCACGACUCUGCUACCCUGCAUUUCCCGCACUUCCUUCUUCUUCUUCUUUAAUUUUCUAUCCUACGUACGCCUUUCAUUUUAUAUUACAAACAUUGAUUUCUGAGAUUUCCUUUUAAAUUUUUCUCGUUGAUUCGUGUUGGGCUCGAAUACAAAUAAAUUUGGGUAGUUUCGAGACGCAUGCUGUUGGGAGCAAAGAAUCAGAUCAAGCUAGGGUUUGCUCAGGUCCCUGAUCUGAAGGCAGAGGUAGGGACUUGACUGAUUAAUGGCAUUGGAGAAGAUUGAUUUGGGUGUUGUAUUUUGAUAGAAGGACCUCAUAUUGGUGUGUGUUUUUUAUUUGAUGGGGAACACCUGUGUCGGACCAAAUCUCGGCAAUGGUUUCAUGCAAUCCGUUACGGAUGCCAUUUGGCGAACCCGGCCACCGGAGGACCGGCUUCCUCCUCCAAAUGAAGAAGGCAGUAGCAAAAAUGACUCAAAUUCGAAUCCUGGUCCGUCAUCCAAAGGUGGCUCUCAGGCUGAUCCUAAACCUCCUGAUGAGGCUCCUCCUCCAGUCCACAACAAUCCCCCUGAGCCUGUGAAAAUUGCUAAUGAUCAACCUCCGAAAGCGGAACCAACAGGAGUGAAGGAAGAGGACAGCAAGGCCCAGGAGGCAGAGAAAGCCAAGAAAGCUGCUCAUAUGAAGAGGGUUUCUUCAGUUGGACUGCAAAUAGACUCGGUGUUAGGAAGGAAGACUGGCAAUAUCAAGGAUCUUUAUAGUUUGGGGAGGAAGCUUGGACAAGGCCAAUUUGGGACUACCUUUCUUUGUGUGGAGAAGAGAACCAAUAAGGAGUUUGCAUGCAAGUCAAUUGCAAAGAGGAAGCUGACUACGCAAGAGGAUGUGGAAGAUGUUAGGAGGGAAAUCCAGAUAAUGCAUCACUUGGCAGGACACCCCAAUGUGAUACAAAUCGUUGGUGCUCAUGAGGACGCUGUGGCGGUUCAUGUUAUAAUGGAACUUUGCGCAGGUGGCGAGCUUUUCGAUAGGAUCAUACAAAGAGGGCAUUAUACGGAGAGAAAAGCAGCUAAACUUGCAAAGAUCAUAGUUGGUGUUGUUGAAGCAUGCCAUUCCUUGGGUGUCAUGCAUCGAGACUUGAAGCCGGAGAACUUUUUAUUUGUCGAUCAGGAAGAGGAAGCGCCACUUAAGACAAUAGAUUUUGGGCUCUCAGUGUUCUUUAGGCCAGGAGAAACAUUCACUGAUGUUGUUGGGAGCCCAUAUUAUGUGGCCCCAGAAGUACUACGGAAGAAUUAUGGUCAAGCAUGUGAUGUUUGGAGUGCCGGUGUUAUCAUCUAUAUAUUACUGAGUGGCGUGCCUCCAUUCUGGGAUGAAACGGAGCAAGGAAUAUUUGAGCAAGUUUUAAAAGGUGAACUCGAUUUCAUAUCAGAACCUUGGCCCAGCAUAUCUGAAAGUGCCAAGGAUUUGGUCAGGAGAAUGCUUAUGAGGGACCCAAAAAAGCGGAUAACAGCCCAUGAAGUACUUCGGCACCCUUGGGUUCAGGUAGAUGGUGUUGCUCCUGAUAAACCUCUUGAUUCUGCUGUCUUAACUCGCUUAAAGCAAUUCUCGGCCAUGAACAAGCUCAAGAAAAUUGCCAUCAGAGUAAUUGCAGAAAGCCUGUCUGAAGAGGAAAUAGCAGGGCUGAAGGAAAUGUUCAAGAUGAUAGACACAGAUAAUAGUGGGCACAUCACCCUUGAGGAACUAAAGACUGGUUUGGAAAGAGUGGGUGCUGAUCUCAAGGAUUCUGAAAUCACUUGGUUAAUGCAAUCGGCGGAUGUAGACAACAGUGGUACCAUAGACUAUGGUGAGUUCAUAGCAGCGAUGCUCCACCUGAACAAGAUCCAGAAGGAAGAUCACCUGUUUGCAGCAUUCUCAUACUUUGACAAAGAUGGAAGUGGGUACAUUACUCGAGAUGAGCUGCAACAGGCCUGUGAGAAGUUUGGUUUACAAGAUGUGCAAUUAGAUGACAUAAUACGUGAAGUCGACCAGGAUAAUGAUGGUCGCAUUGAUUAUAGUGAAUUCGUGGCCAUGAUGGAAGACACCGGUUUUGGCAAGGGAUUACAAACGAACAUGAGUAGUAGGCAUUAGUACCUGAUCCUAUUGUGCAUUUGUGCCUAAUCAACAAUACAAUCUAUAUAGUCAGUAUGUACUAAUAUUUGCUUUUUCAGAAAUUAGCAGGAUUAGUAAUGAAUAGAGAUCAGCCAGGUUUCAGGGAUUGAAGAGAUCAGUUAGUGCCUUGUUUCUCUAGUGCUUUCAUAAUUGUAUUUAAGGUUUAGUUU